AAAGUAAUCACCAUACUUAGCAUUGAUGGAGGAGGGUUCCGAGGCAUUAUCCCUGCAGUCAUCCUAUCCGCCCUUGAGGCCGAACUUCAGGUACUGGCAGAAGGCGUACUUGCUAAAGCCAAAAGGGGUAUAUACAUAUACAUGCAUGUUUUGAUUGGCAGGAUAUGAUAUGUCACCGGUCUCUUAUCUCUUAUCUCUUAUCGCAUCCCGUAUUAUAUGUAACACACCAAAAAGACUGAGACUUGAUGGCCCUGAUGCCAGGAUUGCAGAUUACUUUGAUCUCAUUGCGGGCACAAGCACAGGGUCAAUUGUUACAGCCUUUCUUACAACCCCAUAUCCACUUCCUAGUGCUUCAAAUGGAUCCACAACAAAUCCUCCUCGCGAAGCAAAAGAUAUCCAGAACUUCUACAUUGAGCAUGGCCCGGAAAUAUUUGCUAAGGAAGAAGACCCUGUUCAAACCAGUAAAUCAGAAAGCUUCCUCGAUGGGUUGAAACAUUUGAUUGUUCAAGGGGUGGAGAAGGUGCUGGAAUACAAAUAUCGUCCAUCCCGUCUUAGUGAGAAAGUGGAUGAACAGCUUGGGAAAAUUCGGUUGGCUGACACACUAACCAAUGUUCUUGUCCCUGCUUAUGAUAUUCAACACCUAAAACUAGUCACCUUCUCUUCUCACCAGGCAAGAAAGGCAGACUCAUCAGUAAAAUUGAGAGAUGUAGUUAUGAGCUCAGCUGCAGCUCCAGUUUUUUUCCCAUCUCAUAAUUUCGAAGCCGAUGGCAGAAUGUACAACCUUGUGGAUGGUGGAGUCGCAGCCAAAAAUCCUACAUUGCUUGCAAUACAAGAAGCAGACCAUAUAUUUGGAAACCGAGAUUCGAAUUAUCUGAUUCUCUCCCUUGGCACUUGCUCUGAAGAAGAACACCAGAACUUCAUUGAUUUAACGGGUCCACUUCCUUGGAUGAUAGACCUUAAGAGAGGAACACCACCAUUGGCCAACGUGCUGUUCAAGACAUCAGCUGACAUGGUAGAUGCAUACACAUUAUUUGUCCUUGGAGUUGGAGGCCGGAUUUCUAGUCAGAACUUUCUCCGGAUCCAGGACAAUACAUUGAAGCCUGAGCAGCUCACAAUGGAUGAUGCAAGUAAAAAAAACUUCGAAAGCCUGAUUGAUAUCGCUCAAAGACUUCUAGAGAAGCCUGUUUCUUUCCCUAGCUUGGUGAUUGGUCUGCAACCAAUGACUACCAACCGAAAAGCUCUCAUGAGCUUUGCUAGAUUACUGUCUGAAGAAAAGAAGAGGAGGGGUGGUUCUUCAUCCCACGUCUCUGGCUUCUUAAUGUGUUCAAUUAUUUCUUCUCUUUUUCUCCUUUUUCUUUACAAGCUUUAUAUGGUGUUUUACCAAUAAAAAAAAAAAAAGAGAAAAAUUCUUUGAAUUUGAUGUCUAGGAAUAUGGUUAUUGUUUGUCCCUAUUAGAAAUAAAGGAUGUACAUUCCAUGUCUUAAUGAAUAAUUCUCUUUUAGA